AUGGCAAAAGAGAGGACCUUUGCUAUCAGCGACAAUUUCUGCCAUAUGUCCGAGGACUUUCCCCAAAGCAAUAAAGAAUGCAAACUCGAACGAAUUAGCAAAUCUUCCGAGGCACUAAACAAUGACCAAAGUCAAUGGUCUCAACCUGCCGAAACAGGGAGACAACUAGGCACUCCGUAUGUUCGCUUCGAAUAG